GUUAUAAAUGAAUGAACCUUGUAAACAAUAAAUUUGCAAUUUUCGUUUUAUGUUCCUUUCAUUUAUAAUUCGAUCACAGAAAACAAUAAUUUACUAUAUUUAAGAGUAUAUAUGAGAGACAUUAUUAUUAAGUAAUAUGAAAAAAGAAGUUAUUCUGUUUACAGAGGUUCAGAAUAUCUUCCUCAAUAUUUUGAGGGAGGAGGAAGAUGUAUCUGCAGGCGUCGCCGCUAUCAAAACACUGCUUACUGUGAUAGAAACCUACAAAGUGGGCACUGUAAGAGAAUUAGAUUUGAACCUCCAAUUGGCUGUGGAGGCGAUGAGGAACUGUGACCAGCCAGUCACCGCUAUCUCUUCAGGCUGUGAACUCUUCAUGAGGUUCAUAACAUUUGCCAAACUUGAUGUCAAAUCAUUUGAGGAAUGCGAGCAGAUAAUGCUACAGCGAGGCAGGAUAUUCCUGGAUAAGCUGCUGGAGGCCAGGGGGAAAGUUGCCAAACAAGCCUUGUCAUUUAUCAGUGAUGAUUGUAAAAUUCUCACCCACUCCCACUCUAGAGUAGUAUUACAAGCGAUGUUGGAAGCUGCGGCUGCUAAUAAAAGGUUCCAGGUUUAUGUCACAAUGUCCAGUCCCGAUAACAGCGGUGUUCUAAUGCACAAGAAGCUGGUGGCUGCGGGGGUGGACGCCAUCCUAAUCCUGGACUCUGCAGUGGGCUACAUCAUGGAACAAGUUGACAUCGUGAUGGUCGGCGCUGAAGGCGUCACGGAGAGUGGAGGGAUUAUUAACAAGAUCGGCACAUACGGCCUAGCAAUGGCGGCGUUAGAGCUCAAGAAACCAGUGUACGUGCUCACAGAAAGCUUCAAAUUCUCCAGAAUCUACCCGCUCAACCAGCAGGAUCUGCCCAUAGAAUUCAAACACCUUUCCAGCGUGAUCAAAUCAGGAAAGGACCUGUCUUCCCAGCAUCCCCUGGUGGAUUACACCCCGCCCGCUUAUAUAACACUGCUGUUUACAGACCUAGGGAUAUUAACGCCGUCCGCGGUUAGUGACGAAUUAAUUAAUUUGUAUCUGUAGAUAUUUAAUAAAUUAUAUUUAUGUA